UGCCCCGNCGUGUACUACGAAGGGGCGUGUAAUGAACAUGUCCCCCACAGAGACGUGUACUACGAAGGGGCGUGUAAUGAACAUGUCCCCCACAGAGACGUGUACUACGAAGGGGCGUGUAAUGAACAUGUCCCCCACAGAGACGUGUACUACGAAGGGGCGUGUAAUGAACAUGUCCCCCACAGAGACGUGUACUACGAAGGGGCGUGUAAUGAACAUGUCCCCCACAGAGGCGUGUACUACGAAGGGGCGUGUAAUGGACAUGUCCCCCACAGAGACGUGUACUACGAAGGGGCGUGGGUGUACGAGAGUCAGGCGGCGGUGACGCGCGCAUCAGAGGACUUGCAGCGGCUGCUGGGGGUGCCCCGACGCCUGCUGCACCUCACCAACACCGCGAAGGGCCUGAUGGCGGGCAGCUUGCGGUACGUCACACAAGAGGGCGUCGCAGUCGACGUCGCCUCCGCCAGUAACGGACUGCUGGUGCCGGACUGCGUGAGCGGGCUGCGGGAGCUGCAGUCAGACGCGCGCUAUGUUCUCGUCGUGGAGAAGGACUGCACCUUCCAGAAGAUCAUUGACGCUCAUUUCCUGAGGGCUUACGGCCCCUGCAUCCUUCUCACCGGCAAAGGCUACCCUGACCUGUGUACGCGCGAGCUGUGCGCGCGACUGUGGCGCGAGCUUCAGCUGCCCGUGCUGGCCCUCACUGACGCCGACCCUCACGGCCUGCACAUUGCGGCCGUCUACAAGUUUGGCUCUAAUAGUCACAGCGAGCCCGAGUACUGCACAGCAGGGCUCGUAUGGCUGGGUGUGCUGCCCUCUGACCUGGCGGGGCUACAGCUCCCUGAGCGCCACCGUCUGCCACUCCUGCCAUCUGACUAUGGCAAGCUUGCCACCCUGCAGGCACACCCAAGCAUUAUGGACAACCCUGCUUGGUUCCACCAGACGAGUGUGAUGCAGAGGCUGGGCUACAAAGCUGAGAUCCAAAACUUGGUCCACAUCGCCCCCGACUUUCUGACUUCCGUCUACCUGCCUGCGAAGCUGCGUCAUGCUGGAUGGGUGCCUUGACUGUCAUGCUGCGUCAUGCUGGAUGGGUGCCUUGACUGUCAUGCUCGUCAUGCUGGAUGGGUGCCUUGACUGUCAUGCUGCGUCAUGCUGGAUGGGUGCCUCAAGCUCUCAUUCUUGUCACAUUCCUGCGGAGUUCUUACACUAUUUCAGUUCAUUAAAUUUAAAAUCUACCAAGAUGCCUAAAAUAUUUAGUAUAAUUAGUGUAUAAUAUGCAGAAAUUGCACAGUUUACUUAAACGACGAAGGCUGGUACCUACUUUCGCUACGUUUUUUCAUGCAUACGGCGAUAAUCUAAAAUUGAUUUCUACUGCGAAGAUGAUAAUAAUUAACAGCAAAAGCAAAUUUGUGUUCUUUAUAAAGUGGUUUAAAACGAUGAACAAAUACGUAGGCAUGACCAAAAUGAAAUAAUUCGGCCCGCUGCAAUAUGCAUAUCUUGGAAGACGCUUCAGUAGAGGUGACAUUUCCAGGUGCAAAACUUCCCGUCUGAAUACAACUCAGACGAUUGAGCUGUCAUCUUCUGAUCACAUUAGUCUCAAAGUUGAGCUUUAUUUUCUAAUAAAGGAGGGUGUUACUGAACUUAUAUUCUGUCAUUUAAUCGUACAAUAGGCCAAGGUGUAGAUAUACUAGUUCUCAACUCAAAUAUAGUUAACGCCGCUACCUAUCAGUGACUGCGCCAGAUGGAUUGACUGAUUAAACAGGCUUGCAAAAAAAACUUUGUCUGAAUCUUUUUGAAUUGGUUGGGUGAUAUUACUCUAGUUUUAUUGCACUGAUUUCUGAAAUGAUAUUAUUUUUAUUCUGUCACGUAAGACUUCCCUGUAAAAUAAUUUUGAAAAGUUAUGGAAACGUACGAAAACGAAAACUUUUUGAUUAUUUUAUGAUGAAGUAAAAGCUAAACACAUUAUAAUAUUUUUGUCGAAAUAUUUAUAGUAGUAUUGAUUGAGUUAUGUUAUAACGUUAUUAUAUGUCUUUGUUAGAUAACUCUCAUUUUCCAUUAAAGCUUA